AUGACCCUGCUGGGGGCCAUGCGGCGCCACAGCGUCCAUCUGCAGCAUCAGCUGCACCGCUGGAGCAUCUGCACGGACGCGGAGCACCUCCUGAACGGCAGCCUGACCCCCGCGUCGCUGCUUCCGCGCUCGAGGUCGGGCGACGCGGCCGCCGAGAGCUGCUCGUCGGCCUCCUCCGACUCGGUCGCGUCGGGGGACUCGGCCGGCAACCUGUACAACGUGGUGCUGAUGGGCGGACACGGCGCGGGCAAGUCGGCGCUGGCCAGCAUCUUCGCCGGGGCGCCGGACACCAUGGACGGGGACUUUGAGCACUGCGCAGGGCAAAUCUGCGAGCGAACGGUGACGGUGGACGGGGAGAGCGCCAUCAUCACUUUACUGGACACGUGGGACCCGCAGGACGGGGGCAGCUGGACGCAGGAGCAGUGCCUGCAGGCGGGCGACGCGUACCUCAUCGUUUACUCCAUUACGGAGCGCGAGAGCUUCGAGAGGGCCUCCGAGCUGCGCAUCCAGCUGCGCAGGGCCAGGCAGUCCGAGGACCUGCCCAUCAUCCUCGUGGGCAACAAGUGCGACCUCGUGAGGUGCAGAGAAGUGUCCGUCAACGAAGGGCGCGCGUGCGCCGUGGUGUUCGACUGCAAGUUCAUCGAGACGUCGGCGGCCAUGCAGCACAACGUGCGGGAGAUGUUCGACGGCAUCGUGCGCCAGCUGCGGCUGCGGCGCGACACCAAGGAGGCCAACGAGCGCCGCAGGGGCCUCAACCGGCGGCGCCAGAGCCUCCCCAAGAAGGCCAAGCGCUUCCUGGACAAGCUGGUGGCCAAGAACAACAAGAGCGUCGCGUUCCGCCUCAAGUCCAAGUCCUGCCACGACCUCUCCGUGCUGUAGGCCGGACCGGGUCCCCCCU